AUUUAGGAAGCGGAGGCCCGAAAUGAAAAUAUGUGGCAGCGAGAGAUUUUACGUGAUCAAAUUUAGUAUAGUUGGAAAACAAGCAAACCAAAAACAAAGGAUAUUCCUUUUUCUUAUUCAAUUCCAAUUUGAACAAUCUUGGAUCCCGCUUUCGAAAAAUCCACCAAUUAUUGCAUUUGCAAGUGAUGCAAUUAGUUAAGUGUGCGUGAUUGCGUUAAGAUUCUGCGGUGAAUUGAUGGCGCAAUUUACCGCCGGCGUCCGUCUAAAGCCUCUCGUAACUGGAAACGGCAUGUCGGUAGGGUUCGGCGCAUUUCACCGCCGCUGUAGAGUUAAGUGUUUCGGCGGCGGAGGUUUCAGCUGCUCGCGUUCGGGAGAUCGCAAGCGCAAGCUCUGCGAUUCUACGGCGCACGCCUCCAAAUCGUCGCCGCCGCCGUCGUCUGCGACGAGCAAUGCUGGUGGAGUGUUUGAUGAAGUGUUGGAGGAUGAAGCAGGGUUUGAGAUUGAUGAGCUGUCUGGAUUUAGAGGCUUAGUGUUGGACAUUUCUUACAGGCCUGUUAAUGUUGUCUGCUGGAAACGCGCCAUAUGUUUGGAGUUCAUGGAUAAGGCUGAUGUUUUAGAAUAUUAUGACCAAACUAUAAACUCUCCUAGUGGUUCCUUCUAUAUUCCUGCUGUGUUGAGGGUUCCACACUUACUACAAAUUGUCAAAAGAAGAAAGGUGAAAAGAGGCCUAAGUCGAAAAAAUAUUUUUCAACGUGACAACUACACUUGUCAAUAUUGUUCUUCCACUGAGAACCUGACCAUUGAUCAUGUUUUCCCUAUUGCACGAGGGGGGAAAUGGACAUGGGAAAAUCUGGUAGCUGCCUGCUCGAGAUGCAACUGCAAGAAAGGUCAAAAAACGCUGGAGGAAGCUAGUAUGAAAUUGCUGAAGGUCCCUAAGGCCCCAAAGGACUAUGAGCUACUGGCCAUACCCCUAACACACUAUGCGAUAAAGAUGAUGAAACGAAAGGGAUUGCCGGAGGAGUGGAAGCAGUACCUCUCAAAGCCGUAUGCAGCCCCAUGAUACUCCGAAAAAACAAGCGAUGGAUGUAAAUGGCCAACUAGUGGUAUCCUUAAUCUGUAGUGUGUAUAUAAGAAUCAAGGUAAAUAUUUGAACUUCUUAAGGCUCUUCAUGCUAAUCACUUCAUUUGAAGCCAGACUCAUAACUUCAUGAAUGCUUCAACAAGAAAUUGGGAAAAGAAUAUAUAGCUCCCGAGUUUAUGAA